AUGUCUUGCCUCGGUUUGCGUCAUCGUAAACUACCACAACCAUUUCCGUUGGGCGAUGUGUGGGGCACGGGAUCUAAGGACUCGGUCGAGUGGGUCAAGCUUCAUAUUUCAUCUCCAGAUUCUUCCUGGUCCUCUGUCACCUGCCGCGCCAUCGUUGUGUCAUCCUGUUGUUACCCUGUAAUUGUUGGCCGCCCGUUCUUGAAAGCGAAUCGUCUCAUUGUUGGCCGCCCGUUCUUGAAAGCGAAUCGUCUCAUUGUCGACCAUGAGUGCGAUUCUGUUACCGACAAGUCCACCGGGCGUGACAUCUGCAAACAUCCCCUUGUCUCCGUAAUGCAAACACCUACACCUACUCCCGCUGUCGCGACCACACCACUCUUCCGUGAACUGGAAGAGCACACAGCCAACCGCCACGUCCACUGUGAUGAGCACACAGCGAAUGCUGCAGCGAGUGCAGUGCACACGAUCCGGAAACGCACUGAGGAACUUGCAUACCAAGACACGUUAAAGGCUGAAAAUUGUAAGGUGAAAGAGGAAUUCCGCGACCUCUUCCCUGAUGAUAUACCCCACCUCGAUGAACUCCCCACUAACGUCUACCACCAAUUUCUACUCAAAGACCCCAACAUGUUCAUUCAACGUCGACAGUAUGACUGCCCCAAAAAGUACCGCGAAGCUUGGAAGCAACUCCUCGAUGGACAUCUCCGCGCUGGUCAUAUGCAUCCUUCCGACAGCCCGUAUGCUUCGCCUGCUUUCCUCAUACCGAAGUCUGACCCCACAGCUCUCCCGUGCUGGGUCAAUGACUAUCGUGCACUCAAUGCCAACACGGUCCCUGAUAUGCACCCUCUCCCGCUUAUCAGUGACAUUCUGGCUGAUUGCGCGAAAGGUAAAAUCUGGGGCAAAAUUGACAUGAUGAACUCGUUCUUUCAGACCCGCGUACACCCUGAUGAUGUGAAAUACACUGCCAUUACCACCCCAUUCGGACUGUACGAAUGGCUCGUCAUGCCACAGGGAUGCUGCAAUGCUCCCUCCACACACCAGCAUCACAUGUUUUCUGCCCUCUGCCCGUUAAUCGGUAAGAUAUGCCACGUCUACCUAGAUGACAUCAUCAUUUGGUCGCAGAGCCUCGAGGAACACAUCUGUAAUGUCCACACUGUCCUGAACGCCCUCCGCACUCACCAUCUCUACUGUUCGGACAAAAAGACCUCCCUAUUCCUCACAGAACUCUCCUUCUUAGGACACGUCAUCUCACAGGUUGGAAUCCAAGCAGACCCGCAGAAGAUCGAGAAGAUACUGAACUGGACCGUGCCGCGCAGCGCGCCCCAGGUUCGUGCCUUCCUCGGUCUCGUCCGCUACAUCGCACCUUUCCUACCGAAUUUUGCCAACUUCACACACAUCCUCAAUCCCCUCACCACUAAAGACACUGAACUCUUGUUCCCACCUUGGUCUGAAGAGCACCAGGCUGCUUUCGAUAACAUCAAAGCCCUCAUCUGUAGUCGUGAAGUUCUGACGUCCAUCGACCACGACAACAUGGGUGAUAACAAAAUCUUCGUGUCAUGCGAUGCCAGUGACUUCCGCACAGGUGCGCUCCUCUCAUAUGGUGAAUCACUGGAGACAGCGCGUCCGGUUGCUUUUGAGAGCUGCACCUUGAAAGGUGCAGAACUCAACUACCCUGUCCAUGAGAAAGAGCUUCUUGUGAUUGUGCAUGCACUUAAAAAGUGGUGA